AUGAAUGCGAAUUCUAAGCCUCUUAUACUAAUCUCAAAUGAUGAUGGAUAUUCUGCCAAAGGCAUUACUGCUCUUAUUGAGGCAGUACAGCCGUUGGGUGAAUUGAUUGUAAUGGCUCCUGAUGGACCAAGAUCAGGAUAUGCAGGUUCAAUAACAACUUCUUCUAUAUUAACCGCACAACUUGUACGUAAAGAAGAUGAUUUGACAGUUUAUAAAUGCAGUGGAACACCUGUUGAUUGCAUUAAAUUAGCAUUAAAUUCAUAUGUCCCUAGAAAGCCUGAUUUAAUACUCGGAGGAAUCAACCAUGGUGAUAAUUCAUCAGUUAAUGUUCAUUACUCAGGAACAAUGGGAAUUCCAAUUGAAGGUUGUAUGAAAGGCGUCCCAUCAAUUGGAUUUUCGCUCUGCAAUCUUUCAUGGGAUGCAGAUUUCUCAGCUACAAUCCCAAUAGUUAGAAAAUUGUCCGAAAAGGUACUUAAAGAAGGAUUACCUGAAGGCGUUUGCUUAAACGUUAAUAUUCCUGACUUAAAGGAAUUUAAAGGGGUAAAGGUGUGCAGGCAAUCCAAAUCUAUAUGGGAUAAAGAAUACGUUGAAAAAAUUCACCCUAGAGGUUCAAAAUAUUACUGGCUUCACUUUGAUUUUCUUAACUUAGAGCCAGAUGCCGAAGAUACAGACCGAUGGGCUUUAAAGAAUGGUUACGUCAGCAUUACACCAACCAAAGUCGACGUAACAGCAUACGAAGCGAUGAAAAACCUCGAAUCUUUCAAUACUGAUUUCUAA